GAUGCUGCUUCGUCCACGACCGUUUGGCUAACCACACCGAGAACUCGGAACCGCCUAGCUCCAUUCCCUCCCGUGUUGCGCCGCGCCCCUCCGUCUGCACCUAUUCCGUUGUGCGUCUGCGUCAUGGAGUCUCGCCAACGCAGUCCAACCCCGCUUUUGAAGACAUGUCGCACAUGUGCCCACGCCAAAAUCAAGUGCGAUCGUUCCCAGGAAUCCAACGUCUGCGAUAGGUGUCUCCGGCUGGGCAAGGAGUGUACCUAUGCCGUAGCCCGCGGGAGGAGGCCACCGGGGCCGCGUUCAAGGUCCAACAAGUUGCUGCAGGUCCCGGAGAGGCCGGCCCCAUCGGUGACCGAAAGUCCCUCCGCCUCUGAAAGCCUCACGUCCGAUCAUACCCGGACCCCUCCGCAACCUACUGCCCCUUCUGGUAGUUCAUCAGCUCAACAGUCCCGAGCCGGGCAAGCCGGUCCAGCCGAGGAAGCCGGUUCUGGCCUUUGCAGCGGCGCUCAUGACCCGUUCGAGACCGGCCAGCUUUCUAUCGAUCAAGGCCAGGAGCUACUCGAAAGGUUUUGUACCAAGUUGACACCUCAUUUCCCAUUCAUCAUCAUCCCAGCGUCAGAAAAUGUGAGCUCUUUGAGACAGACCAGGCCAGCCCUGUUGCUGGCCCUUCUUGCUGUAUCGUCAUUUGACGAUGUCCGGCUGCAACGAGCGCUGGGUCAGAUGUUCAACGAACUCAUCGCGGCUCGUUUGGUGAAGGGUGACUUUGCUUGUCUCGACAUACUCCAGGGCCUCCUCGUCCAUCUCGCCUGGGCCCACUUCCAACCCAGGCCAAAGAGAUAUUCACAGCAUCUUCAUCUAGCUACCAGUAUAGUCUCCGAUCUGCGUUUCGAUAGACCCAAGAAUCCGAAACGAUGGAAUGUUGAGGGGAUGAGCACUUCACAAGACUAUGUCGAUUCGUUGGACGAAUGUAGGACGUUCCUAGGAACAUAUUAUCUCUCAUCAUGCACGAGUAUCGUGCUUCAGAAACUCCGCAUAGUCACCCUAUCUAGUUACAUUACCGAUAUUGCCGAACGACUAGCGGAAUUGUCAGAAUACCCCACCGAUCAGUAUCUCCCAUACAUCAUCAGCCUACAGCGGCUCGCAGAAGACAUUGAUGACAUUGUCAAGAACGAGUCGACACUGGAUCCUAUGCAGAUUCAAGCUGCUGUGUCAGAAGCCAAGGAAAGGGUCGACGUGUUCAAGAACGGUCUAACCUUCGCCCUCGGCGAUUGUCCAAUAUUGGUACCUCAAUUGCACACAAUCCAGCUUUGUCUGAACCAGCUGUCUCUACCAGAGACACCUUUUGGUCUCAACAACCCACAAAACGCCCCGAUGCAGCGGUUCAUCGCAGGCUUGUCGGAGAGUAUCGUAUCGGCCAAAUCUCUUGUUAGUGUCCUCCUCCAUACGCCUCAUGGACAAGAGGUCUACUUCCCGAACAUAGUUUGGGUGAUGCUGCAUUGUGGUUUCACUCUAGCUGCACGGCUUGAUCUCCUGGCUGCGGAUCCCCGGGUGGGAUUCAUGGCGGAGCAUCUGAGGCAAUUUGCAGACAUUGGCCACACCAUCCGCCAGGUCGUCCUCAGGCUUGACGCUGCAAGUUCACCAAAACUUGACGACAGGGGCGACCGCGACAGCUUCUACCACUUUGCGAUCCGCGCGAAACGGGUCGAGAAGUUCUACCUGCAGGCGCAAAGUCAGGCUGCAAGCCAGCAACAACAGCAAGAGAUUUCGCCUCAGAACCUGCAUGUCAGUCUUCCAGCGACUACCGCAAGUUUCACGACCAUGGGAACACCGAGCUCGGAUUUGUCAAAUCACAAUCCGAGCAUGGAUUACACAGUCGCACCCUCACUUUUCUCGCAGGCUAUGGCGCCGCCGGGCGGAAACGUCGCAUAUCCAGACUUUCCCAUGCCCAACACCGCGACGAUGGUUUCGAACCCCGGGUUCGUAAUGGAUACCCUCUCCUUCUUACCAGAAUCAUUCAUACCUUUCAGAGGCUGGGGAAACGUGAUGGAAAAUGAGAACGGUGGCGGAGUGCAAUUUUAG